CCGCGGGGGGGGGGGCGGAGCCGUAGUCCCGGCGGCGGAAGGAGGAGAGGAAGAAAGAGGCGAGACCCGGUGCCCGGCAGCGGCGCGAGACACUCGCUCGACGCGCAGGCGUCUCCCGCCGGGCGCGCAGUGUUCGAGGGUCGGUGUCGGCGCCGAGCCCUCUCCCGGGCAGCCGCCGCUGCUGCCGUGGGGCUCGGGUGGAGACGGAGCGGGGCCGGCCGCGGGGCGGGCGGGGAGGGAGGAGGCGGUGAAGGCGGCGGGCCGGGGGGGAAGAUGCCGCUAGCGCAGCUGGCGGACCCGUGGCAGAAGAUGGCUGUGGAGAGCCCGUCCGACAACGCUGAGGAUUUUAUCUUUAUCCUUGAAAUUUAAAAACAUUUACCAGGACAUGUCUUGGUGUUGAUGAUCUCUGUUGAACCUUCUCAGUCUCCAGUCUCAGGAUAAAUGAGGAGCUGAUUCUUAAUCCUGUCACAUUGAAUGGACAACAAAUUAUGGAUGAACCUAUGGGAGAGGAGGAGAUUAAUCCACAAACUGAAGAAGGCAGUAUCAAAGAAAUUGCAAUCACACAUCAUGUAAAGGAAGGACAUGAAAAGGCAGAUCCUUCCCAAUUUGAGCUUCUAAAAGUAUUAGGUCAGGGAUCAUUUGGAAAGGUUUUCUUAGUCAAAAAAAUCUCAGGCUCUGAUGCUAGACAGCUUUAUGCCAUGAAAGUAUUGAAGAAGGCCACACUGAAAGUUCGAGACCGUGUUCGGACAAAAAUGGAGCGUGAUAUCUUGGUAGAAGUUAACCAUCCUUUUAUUGUCAAGUUGCAUUAUGCUUUUCAGACUGAAGGGAAGUUGUAUCUUAUUUUGGAUUUUCUCAGGGGAGGAGAUUUGUUUACACGCUUAUCCAAAGAGGUGAUGUUCACAGAAGAAGAUGUCAAAUUCUACUUGGCUGAACUUGCACUUGCUUUAGACCAUCUACAUAGCCUGGGAAUAAUCUAUAGAGACUUAAAACCAGAAAACAUACUUCUUGAUGAGGAAGGUCACAUCAAGUUAACAGAUUUUGGCCUAAGUAAAGAAUCUAUUGACCAUGAAAAGAAGGCAUAUUCUUUUUGUGGAACUGUGGAAUAUAUGGCUCCAGAAGUAGUUAAUCGUCGAGGUCAUACUCAGAGUGCAGACUGGUGGUCUUUUGGUGUGUUAAUGUUUGAGAUGCUCACUGGUACACUACCUUUCCAGGGAAAAGAUCGAAAAGAAACAAUGACUAUGAUUCUUAAAGCCAAACUUGGGAUGCCACAGUUUUUGAGUCCUGAAGCCCAGAGUCUUUUACGAAUGCUUUUCAAACGAAAUCCUGCAAACAGAUUAGGCGCAGGACCAGAUGGAGUUGAAGAAAUUAAAAGACACUUGUUUUUCUCAACAAUAGACUGGAAUAAACUGUACAGAAGAGAAAUUCACCCACCUUUUAAACCUGCAACUGGCAGGCCUGAAGAUACCUUCUAUUUUGAUCCUGAGUUUACUGCAAAAACUCCCAAAGAUUCACCUGGCAUUCCACCUAGUGCUAAUGCACAUCAGCUUUUUCGGGGGUUUAGUUUUGUUGCUAUUACCUCAGAUGAUGAAAGCCAAGCUAUGCAGACAGUUGGUGUGCAUUCAAUUGUUCAGCAGUUGCACAGGAACAGUAUUCAGUUUACUGAUGGAUAUGAAGUAAAAGAAGACAUUGGAGUUGGCUCCUACUCUGUUUGCAAGAGAUGUAUACAUAAAGCCACAAACAUGGAGUUUGCCGUGAAGAUCAUUGAUAAAAGCAAGAGAGACCCAACAGAAGAAAUUGAAAUUCUUCUUCGCUAUGGACAGCAUCCAAAUAUUAUUACUCUAAAGGAUGUAUAUGAUGAUGGAAAAUAUGUGUAUGUAGUGACAGAACUUAUGAAAGGGGGUGAAUUGCUGGAUAAAAUUCUUAGACAGAAAUUUUUCUCUGAACGAGAAGCCAGUGCUGUUCUGUUUACUAUAACCAAAACUGUUGAAUAUCUUCAUGCACAAGGGGUGGUUCACAGAGACUUGAAACCUAGCAACAUUCUUUAUGUGGAUGAAUCUGGCAAUCCAGAAUCGAUUCGAAUUUGUGAUUUUGGCUUUGCCAAACAGCUAAGAGCCGAAAAUGGUCUUCUCAUGACUCCAUGUUAUACUGCAAAUUUUGUGGCACCAGAGGUUUUAAAACGACAAGGCUAUGAUGCUGCUUGUGAUAUAUGGAGUCUUGGUGUCCUCCUCUAUACAAUGCUUACUGGUUACACUCCAUUUGCAAAUGGCCCUGAUGAUACACCAGAGGAAAUAUUGGCACGGAUAGGCAGUGGAAAAUUCUCACUCAGUGGUGGUUACUGGAAUUCUGUUUCAGACACAGCAAAGGACCUGGUAUCCAAGAUGCUCCAUGUGGACCCUCAUCAGAGACUGACUGCUGCCCUUGUGCUCAGACACCCUUGGAUUGUCCACUGGGACCAACUGCCGCAAUACCAACUCAACAGACAGGAUGCACCACACCUUGUCAAGGGUGCCAUGGCAGCUACAUAUUCUGCUUUAAAUCGUAAUCAAUCACCAGUUUUGGAACCAGUAGGCCGUUCUACUCUUGCUCAGCGGAGAGGUAUUAAAAAAAUCACCUCCACAGCCCUGUGAAGUGACCUCAGUGAGAUAUUUGGUACCAUGGUGUAAGCUGAUAGCACAAGUUCUGGCGACAGGUAGCACAUAUCUGAGAGACACCUGCAAGCACAUACUGUCCCAGCUGGUACCCAUAAUGCUGCUGCUCCUGCUGCUGCUCCUGCUUUCGUCUCUUCUCGCUUUAAAUGAUUGUUAGCAAGUUAGAUUUUCCUGGAGCUUCGGUUGAAAUGAAAAUGGAAACAUGAUGAAGAUAUAUUCACUGAAUCAACAAGAAUAUUGAACAUAUGAAUACCACCUAAAAAUACACUGAAAAAGUACUCUACACCAUAUAGCAUUAUUUUUAUAGGAAAUAUUUCAUGUCCCUUAAAUAUUCUUUGUUAGUUUAUAGGGAUGGACAGUUUAUGUUAAGCACUUAGCUUAAACAAUCCGUUUAUAUUAGCACUGUACCCCUUGUGCCAUCCAACAUUUUGUAUGUUUUUGUAAACAGUUCAUAUACAGUACAUUUCUGUACUGCUUUCUUUAAUGUAUACAUGCCUUGUUUAACUUGGAAUCUGUUAUUAUUAAUCGACUAUUAAAUCUGGUUAAAUAGUUCACCUGAUUUAACAGUAUUGUUGGACAGCCCUAAAAAUGGCCAGAUUGUGGAACAGCUGUUGAAUGUAAUACUUCCAAAAUGUACAUAUUUUUCCCUGUGUCUGUUUCACUGGUUUGUUUAUUUGUUCAUUUCUUAAAGUAAGGUGCUCUGUCAGACUAACCUAGAGAGCUGUUAAAGGUAGAGAAAGUUGUAUGUGUGUGGCAUGACAUCAAGAGUACACCUGUGAAGUUAGUCCAUAUACUUUGCAACUUCUUAGGGUUCUUUUUCCUUAAUUAAGGAAGUAGUCCUUGCACUUUUAAAUAGUAUCCAUAUUUAGUAUUUGGCAUAUAAUUUGAGAUUUUUCCAAUAUAUAUCAAAGGCCUUUAAGAGUCAUGGUGAAGAGAUUCGUGAAGAAAAAUUUAGCAACAGGUCAUUCAAGUUCCAUCAGGUAUUUCAUGUUUAAAAAGAUCAAAUUGCAGAAUUUAGUAUAUGAACAACAGGAUAACUGUUCUUGUGUACCUGCAAGAAAAGUAUGCUUUUUUGGAAAAGGAUAAAUCAUAAUGAGUUAUACUCCAUUACGAUACACUAUAUUAAACACUUAAUUUGAAUAUAAUAAACACAGGCCUCUACAUGAAAUUGGAUUUAAACUUUCUUAUUCUAGGAAAUGAAACUUCUUGAUCAAAUAAUAUGUGUUCUAACCUGAAAUAGCUAAGGGAGGCUAAGUGAAUGUUCAGCAUUGAGUGUUUUCUGAAUUCAGCCUGAUGAUUUAUUGCCAUACAAUGCUUCCUUAACUUCAGAAAUGAUCAGUUUUCAUAAUGGUCACUGGGUCUACGUAGAUCACAGUAUUCACCAUCUACACCUAAUUUGGUAGUUUCACAAUUUUAUUUGAUUAAAGAACCUUCUGUAUCCAUUACCCACAUUUUUGCUAAGCUAUCCGGCGUACAUCACUAUAUGUAAUAUGAAAAACACAUGAGCAAGGAAAAAGUGAUUUAGCUUGCUUCACCAAGAAGGUGCCCAAACAGAUCUUUCUUAGUCAUGUACUAAGUAAGCCAUUUACAUCAGAAAUCUUUUUUUCUGCCAGAAGCUUUAAAUCUUCUCCUGAGAAUACAAAGCCAAGAAAGCAGCGUGGUUUAUCUAAAUGUUUUGGAAGCCUCUUGUUAUUCUUAGUUUCUCCUCUAUUAAAUGAAAGAGAAAGGAAAAAUAAGUAACAUUCCUUUUGCUUAAGUGACACAAAAUGUUAGUGCAUAUAAAUCAAAUGCAAGUCUAUCUUCUAAAUAAGUAUAAGAGGAGGGAUUUCAGAAGAUCUAGAUGGAGAAAGUUUUUAAAAAUUCUUGGGUAUAUGGAUGCUUACUAUUUAAAGCUGCUUUCCACUGCCUGGAAAGAAAGCUUUUUUUCCUCUCUUUCUCCCCUCUGUUUAGUGUUUCAAACCAUGGUCAUCCCAAAUUUUUGUCACUUUUUAAAUGUUAAUGUAACUGGGCAAAAAAAGAUAUAUUUUCAGAUUUUUGGCAUUGAUGCUAUUCCAUAAUUGCUUAGUGCAUUGUCCAUCAUCGUCUUUUCAAACCAGAAGUAAAUGUGUAAAUCUUUAUAAA